AUUUAUGACAUUUGUAGAAAAAAUAAUCGAAGUUGUGAAAUGCAUGCGACUUUGAAAUUUUUCCGAAUAAACGAAAUCUUUUAGAACAUUUUCAGUGAAAAUGAAUCGUGUUUCGAAGCUUUCGUUUACGGGAUUUAGUCGAUAUCUUUUGAGCGUAAAAAAUGUGCGAAAUGUUGUGCCAGUUCGAUAUUUUAAAAAGAAAAGCGAAAGCGAUGCUAUAAAAAGCGAUAAACCGAUGGACUUUUUUGGCACAUCAGCUGAGAGAGUUCGCGUUACACCAGCUCCACCCGAAAGACCAAAAUAUUCAGCAGAAAUUGUGACGAUCAGUCUGGCUAGUUUUCUAGUGUAUUUCUGCAUUUUGCGAGAAGAAAAUGAUAUCGAUGAAGCGCUCGGUCGGGAUUUAUACGAUUAUUUCGGCGAGGAAGGAUCUCGAUUGAAAAAAGCAUACGAUUAUAAUAUUGAACAUGGAUUACCAACCGCUGAAAUUCUCGAUCGAUUACGUGAAAUUGGCGCACCAGUGCCACCACGCAAAUAGAUUUUCCACAAAUCCUUAGAAUUUAUAUAAAAAACAAAGAAAUGUGAAGGUGAAGAGAAAAAUGCACAUAUUGUAAAGCAAACAAAUUUCAAUAAAAGCGUUUAGUAAUAAAGUAAAAA